GCGGGGGCGGAGAGUCUGCUCCACCAGGCCAGGUGCCCCGGCCGUUCCCUUCGGGCUGCACCUAGUGGUGGUCUCAGGGCGAGGGACGGGGGCCACGCCGGCCCGGCACCCGGCGGGGAGGUCUGGAGAGGGACGAGCCGGCCCCGAGCAGGUGUCGCCCGAAGGGUGAGCGGAAACGAAGCCGGCGGUGACCGCCGGUUGCUUGGCCCACGGCUUGGCGGUGAGAACCCCACGCCCGGCAGGGGCUGCCAGCUGCUUCAGGGUCAGGAGCACAAAGCCGCGCAGUGCUGGAGAGCCUGUUGGGAUUGAGCCCUGGCUAGCUCCGUGUGCCAGGCUCAGGAAUUCGGUAACAGCUGAGGGCCUUGAGGAGGCAGGGGAGGAUUUUGUGAUUUAGGAAGACCACUCUCACGCGGAUGCAUUGGAUGGGCUAAGAAUUACCCGCCGUCUUCCAGCGGGAGCUGGCUCUGAUCUCCCUCCCACUAACUAGUCGGCAGCCCCUUCCUCACCAACUAACCAGGCAUGGGAGAAAGCAGAAUAUAGGCUUGGACCAAAACCGUGUAGUCCAUCAGACAGUCGACUUGAUGCUGCUUGUUUAAAAGAAAAAAAUGCAGGCCGAACCACAAGCCCAUGCUAAACUUUUUUUAAAAACCCAAAACUGGACGGUGGUGGACCAGUUGGUGGGAAAGAUUAGGAUGGUUGCAGCUGCUGUGAUUAUAGUAAAGCAAGAACUUGAAUGCAGAUUAGGUUCUAAAGGCAGUGAAGAGGACAGAAAUCUGUGGUCAAAAUGACUCUUGAAAAUCUGUUAGGAAAGUGCCUCGUGGAUUUGCAGCACCAUCUCCCAGUACAUUCAGCAGUCUGUCUUUCCUUCAAGAUUGGACACAUAUUCCUGUAUUCAAGUUACAGUAUUCCAGUACAGGUUCAUUUGAAUUUGAAUUUAGAGGCUAUCUUAAAUGAAAAUAUCUUUAAAUACUAACAUCUCACUCAAAAUGGGAUGUGCUCAUCCCAAAGUUCUUGCCAAGAGACGGGUUCUGAGAGCCCCCUCAGAAUUUCAUUGGGUUUACCCCUGCCAGCUAACCUUCUACUCAGGGUCAUACAUUCAUGGAAUGACAGGCGGAAGGAACAGCCCUCACUAUUGAAAUGCUUCUCUGUCUUAAGUGAGGGUGGGUGUGGUCAAAUACCCAGAAGCAAACUAUAUGCAUCCUACAAUUCCUCUCUGUUAGGCUUUGAGGGAAGUUAAUAACUACCAAGUUUCGCUUUGCAUUUUACUUUAAUUAAGCCUGUGGUUUUUCUUGGUACUCUAAAAUAAAUGGCUAUGGCUUAGGGACUUAGGAUUUGGAAUGAAUUUUAGUUUUCUCUGAAUUUUUCAGAGAUGGAAAUUAGGGGUGGUGAAAGCUAACAGAAGCAGCUCUGGUAAGCUGAAGACUAAGUGAAGAAGAUGGGACUCAGAUCAGGGCAGACAGGGUGUGCAGCAAGGUCAGCGGUGGUUCCCAGAAUGCCCAGGAUGAGUGAGGAGUUAACCCAGAAGGGAAGAAGCCAGGAAUGUUUCCGGCAGAGGGUCUGUACACAGGGUCAGAAGCAAGAGAAACAGUGAGUGACAGCUCUUAGAGAAGUCAGGAGGGGAGGGGCCCUGGAUGCGUCUUUAGGGUCUGUAGGAGUUUAGAGACUGACAGCCCUAGGGAGCUGUGGGAGUUUGAGCAACAGCCCUUUUAGAAGCAAUCCUGUGAUUUAGAGACUACAUCAGAAGGGAUUACUGUAGGACAAGGAUGCCACGGUUCUGGGAAAGAGCCCUGUUACACCUGGGAGGCACCUGGCAGCCUCUUCCCACCUCAUUAUCCCAGUGAGAAACAGACUGGGACCUGGCUUCCCGUCUGUCUGCCUCCCCCUCAUCCCACUGGGAUGUUCUUUUGUUUGUAAGUGACCAAGUCCAACUCUGGCUAUGAGUAAAAAAUGAAAAUGGGGACAGGGGGGCAGGAGGGAGGCAAGGAGUGGAAGAGAAUUCAUUGGGAUUUUAUCUGCCAGCCUUCAAGCGAGAACAAAAAAUGAGGACCCCAGCUCCAGGCAUUCAGGAACCUUCUUGUCAGCCCCAGUGCUGGGGAAGUUCUGUCUGUCUCAGUUCAAAGUUCCAGAUUCCCAGAAUGGAUUUAGUGGCCUUCAGCCACAGCCUGGGGAGUGGACACACAGGGAAAGCACAGAUGGCCCUUCUCCCAGAGCCCCACCCAAGGUCCCCAGUACAGGGACUCGUUGGCAUGUUCCCUUUUCUUGCCUUUUAGGGUUCCAUUUGGAGACUCUGUUCAAUAUCUUGCCUGUUGUCAGUGCUCAAUAGAUACAUUUUUUAAUCAAAAUAAGUGUCAGAGUCAGAAACCUUUCAAUGUGUCAUAAUAUUAGCCCAUUAAUAUGUAAGAUUUAACUCUUGUUCCCAAAAGUUAAAGGCUCUUUGAAGGCAUCUUUUGAAAAACAACUAAUUUCAUACUAAACUUCCCCUUACCUUUGGCUCUAAAUUCAGUCAGUUUUAGUUCUGUUCCUGGAAUACAAAAUCAGAAUGCAGGGAGGCUCCAUUAAUGAGACCUGUUGUUGUAACCCAUUGGAGGGGUGGUCUCCCCAGCAGCCCUGCCCAGCAGAGGCGGCAGCGACCCAGUGGAUCGCUGGAUCCCAGGGGAGAGGAACCAUUCCAGAUGACCAGUCAGCAAAUUUAUCCUGCGAGACAUUGCAGGGUGGUGGGACCCUCGACCCCAGGUUGCCAGCAUGGUCCCCUUUGCCUAGGGAGAUCCGCGGCGAGGAGCUGAGGAGGUUCUGCUCCCGGGUCAGUCAGCUGCUGCAGAAGGACUUGGGGCCUGACACCGCUGAUGCCCUGCAGAGGCUUUUCCUCAUCGUCUCGGCCACGAAAUACAACAGGAAGCUGGAGAAGACCUGUGUGGACUUGCUGCAGACCACCCUCUACUUGCCCACGUGCCCCGAGCAGCUGCAGCUUCUCUGUGUCGCCGUCCUGAGAGAGAUGUCACCUUCCGACAGCCUGAGCCUGUCCUGUGACCACGUCCAGAACAGCCGGCAGCUGAGCCUGGUGGCCUCCGUUCUCUUGGCCCAGGGUGAUAAGGAGGUGGUCAGAAGCGUGAGCCAGCAGGCAUUCAAGGUCCUCGAGAGCCGGCAGCCCGAGGGGCCCAGCCUGCGGUACCUCCUCCCGGUCGUGUGGAAGGUCACCAGCCUGGCCCCGGGCACCCUCAGUGAAGACCAUAUCAACCUGCUCAGCAAGAGGCUGGUGGACUGGCUCCGCUACGCCAGUGUCCAGCAGGGGGUCACACAUUCCUCUGGAGGCUUCUUCUCCACAUCCAGAACCCGGCAGCCAGGUCCUGUCACCGAGGUCGAUGGGGCAGUGGCCACAGACUUCUUCACGGUGCUGUCCACUGGGCAGCACUUCACAGAGGACCAGUGGAUGAACGUGCAGGCCUUCUCCAUGCUGAGGGCGUGGCUGCUACUCAGCUGCCCUGAGGGUCCCAGCACCCCCGACACAGAUGACAAGUCUGAGCUGGAGGGCUCCACCCUGUCUGUGCUCUCUGCGACCUCCGCCGCCAGCCGCCUGCUACCGCCCCAGGAGCAGCUGAGGGAGAAGGCCUUUGAGUAUUGCCAGCGCCUCAUCGAGCAGAGCAGCCGACGAGCCCUGAGGAAGGGCGACUCCGACCUGCAGAAAGCGUGCCUGGUGGAGGCCCUGCUGGUGCUGGACGUGCUCUGCAGGCAGGACCCCUCCUUCCUGUACCGCACCCUCUCCUGCCUGAAGGCCCUGCACACGCGGCUGUGUGGGGACCUGGCGUGCGUGCAGGCACUGCUGCCCAUUGCCCAGUUCUUCCUGAACCAUGGGGAGGCUGCUGCAGUGGACUCAGAAGCCAUCUACCAGCAUCUGUUUACCAGGAUCCCUUCCGAACUCUUCCAUAGCCCGAUGCUGGCCUUCGAGUUCAUCCAGUUCUGCAGGGACAACCUUCCCCUGUUUGACAGAAACCGUGGCAUUCUCAAACUGAGCUUCCCCAACCUCUUCAAGUUCCUGGCCUGGAACAGCCCGCCCCUCACCUCCGAGUUCGUGGUGCUGCUUCCAGCGCUGGUGGACGCCGGCACAGCUGUGGAGAUGCUGCAUGCACUGCUGGACCUGCCGUGCCUGACCGUGGCCUUGGACCUGCAUCUCAGGUCAUCACCAGCUGCAUCUGAGAGGCCGCUCUGGGAUGCCUCCCUCAGGGCCCCCAGCUGCCUGGAGGCCCUCCGGGACCCACAGUUCCAGCCCCUCUUCCAGUACCUGCUACGGGCCACAGCCAGUGGAACCACAGAGCGGCUGGCCCCACUCCACCAGCUGCUGCAGCCCAUGGCCAGCUGUGCCCGGGUGGUCCAGUGUGCCCAGGCGGUGCCCACCCUGCUCCAGGCCUUCUUCUCAGCAGUGACCGAGUUUGCAGAUGGGGCCCUAGCCAAUCAGCUGGCCCUGCUGCUCCUGGAGAGAAGCAACUCGCUGUACCAGGUCCCACAGUAUGAAGCCCACGUGCACAGAGUGCUGAGCUCGCAGUUCCUGGCCCUCUGUAAGCUGCACCCCGUCCUGGUGGUCGAGCUGGCCAAAGAGCUGCUGGAGUUCGUGGGAAGCGCAAGCAGCCCCCUCGGCACAGGACUUAUGUGCACCUCCGUGGUGUGGGCUAUCGGUGAGUACCUGGCGGUGUCCUGGGACCGGCGGUGCACUGUGGAGCAGAUCAACAGGUUCUUCGAAGUCCUGGAGGCCCUGCUGUUUGAGGUCACCCAGUCCCGCCCCUCAGCUGCCCUUCCCAAGUGUCCACCGCAUGUUGCCACCGUGCUCAUGACCACACUGACCAAGCUGGCCUCCCGGAGCCAAGACCUGAUCCCCAGGGUGUCUCUGUUCCUGUCAAAGAUGAGGACCCUGGCCCAGAGCCCAGCCACGAGCUCCAUGUACUGCGAGGAUGCCUCAGGAGCCGUCUGCACACGGGCCACGGAGCUGCUGAACCUGCUGAAGAUGCCCAGCGUGGCCCAGUUCGUGCUCACACCCAGUGUGGAAGUGUCUCAGCCCCGCUACCACCGUGACACCAACACAGCCUUGCCUCUGGCCCUACGCACGGUCAGCCGGCUGGUAGAGAGGGAGGCAGGCCUCCUGCCAGGGGAAGGCACAGUGACCAGGUGAGCGCCAGCUGGGGCCGCAGAUCCAGAGCCUGGUUAGCAGCCAAGCCGUGGCACCCGUGCUCAGGGAGGAAAGCAGGAGCCCCCGUGGGCCUCUGGCCCUCAGCACUCACGCCUGUCACCGUCUCCUUGGGGUGCUCGCCUCUCUCUCCCAAGCCAGUUCUCCCGUGACCAUGCUGGGCUGUGUGGUGAAACAGCUCUGAUUAUAGCUCUCGCCCUUUGUGGCUGGACCUGAGCUGUCUGCUCUGGGUCUUGCUGUUCCUUGUUUUGGGCAGGUUGGGGGCAAGAAGAGACACAGCAACAAUAAAUCUCCUUUUGGAAGUA